UCCUCCUCCCCCAUCCAUCCAUCCACCCACCCGCCCACCCCCGCUAGCCUAUGUCUCCCCCAGUGGGGCUCGUUGGCCAGCCUGAUUCCCCGGCCGUUGCUGCUGCUGCUGCUGGAGCAGUGGAGCUGUCUGCUACGACGCUGCCGCUCUGCCUCACUGCACCUCUCCGCCUCCUGCCUCGCACUCUCCUUUGCUGGAUAAUCGUCACCUAGUCUUACAAGAGAAGGCGACAGAGGACAGCAAGGAGGGAGCCAGAAAGAGAGAGAGAGAGAGAGAGAGAAAGAAAGAGUGAGAGGGAGAGAGCUCUUCAUUCAGCUGCUGCAUUUUUCAGUUGAUCUUACCCCGUUGCUCUCCUGUGCUGCCAGAGCGCAGCGCAGAGAAGGACUGGUCGGGGGUGGGGGGGGGGUGGGGGGAGAGAGAGAGCUCCCUGAAGGAAUUUUAUCCUCCGCUCUUUGCGCUUCCACCCUCUGUUCAUUCCUGGGACAGAGUGCAGAGGAGCAGAGAAGAGAAGAGGGAGGGACUGGGAGCAGGACUUGAGACUCAGCUGCACAGCUCAGUGUCCCGCCUUGCUCAAGAGACACACAAGACAAACACACACACACACAUUUGCAUAGCUUGGAGUGACCAGACCGGGUGCAGAAGACAGACAGACAGACAGACAGACUUGGUGUCAUGGCGUCAGUGGACAGCUCCGGUUCGAGUGUUUCUGGUCGGCUAAGAUCAGGGGAUCUACUUCAUGCUGGUCUGGCAGUUGCACUGCUGCUGGGUGUAUGGAGUGUUGGCGGACUGGAGGUCUCUACAGGUAAAGUGUCAACAAUUGAAGCAAUGAAUGGCUCCACAGUCCUGCUGCCCUGCACCUACUCCUCCUGCAUCGGCAUCAGAAACCUCUACUUCAACUGGCACUAUAACGACAAUGGAACAAUGCUCAAACUUUGUGAUGCGGUGAUUCCCUCUGAGGGCGUGGAGCCUAGGGUCCAGGUGUACCACGAGCGUGUGGACUUUGUCGGCUCCUCCAAGAGCAACAACAUCUCCAUCCUGCUGUGGAACAUCACCUUUGAAGACGAGGGACAGUACAUCUGUUUCGCCAGGAACCCGAAAGAGAAGAACCGCAACCACAGUGCUACUUUCACUCUGCUAGUGGUGGACCAAAUGAAGGAGAUUGACAACACGUUGACAACAAUCAUUGUCUCAGUGGUGGGUGGAGUCAUUGGCUUAGUUAUCUUUGUCAUGGUGAUAAAGGCCUUGGUUGUUCACUUCCUGCUGAAGGAUGAUGAGAAGAAUAAAGAGUGCCUGGUGAGCUCCUCAGGGAACGACAACACAGAAAAUGGACUUUCAGGAGCCAAAGCCGACAACAAAGGGACACCAAAGGCAUGAGCAAAAUUGAAAAAAAAAAAGUAUGUCUGUAUGUUUGUAUAUAUGUUAGACAAAUGUACACGCUGAGAGGAAAUGCUGUUAUCAAUGGACUGUUUUACCUUACUAGUGGCUAACUAAUACAACAUGUAAAUGUCUAUUUUAAAUCAUGCUUGAGAUUUUGGAGGUGUGGCGCGCACAGGCCUGGAUCACUCUCUCACCCACCACGGGAGCCCGUUUGUAACGCAGCGUACGGCCUCUGUUGUCGAAGUCUGCUCCACAUCUUACUGGACCCGAACACUGUCUCUACAGUAGAGCCUCGAGUAAACUGUCUCCGCCAACAAUUAUACGUACUUGUGGGUUACAUACCCUUGUUGACAUUCUCCUCUUUAGGUUACAUCUUCAAAGAAAUUACGUCUUUUUUUUUUUUUUUUUACCCUCUAUGACCAUGUGCUAAUACAACUAUGGAUAACUAUUUUGAUCACUUUGCACAAAGCGGAUCGAAGUUUGAAGUUCUUUAUUCAUAGACCAAGUUUAUAAUAUUCAACUGCCAGAAUACAGUCUUGGUCUACAGUCUGAGUUGACAAGCUACAGGUACAUUUGAUUCCUCGCUUUUGGAUUCCAUGGGGCUCUAAUGUAAUCCACAACUCUGAGUCAAACUUGGACCCAAACAAACCCGUUGGGAACACACUCUUUGAUACCACAAUCUCUGAACUGCCAUAUGAACUGAAGAACAGCACAAAACUGCUGAGAUGCUUCUCUCUAAUGUCUCACCUGACAUUUCACCACCCGUAAACACAAACCAGAGGACCAUUCAACAAGAGUUUUGUUUACAAAUGAAGGCCAACAUUGUUCAGUCAUGGUCUACUAAAACUCAUCCUAAUUAAAUCCUGAAAUUACACAUUUUUAAAUGCUUUGCUUGUAAAAUGUCAUUUUGACAUUGAACGGAUCAGGUUUUAGUACUGAUUGAACACGUUUAAAUACUGCAUACUCGUUUUGUGAGUAUCUGGCAAACCAUAUGUUGGUUUGCAUGAGGUCUUUCAGUCCUGAUCUAACCAUCAACCUUAACUACUGCCAGCCUGAACCUCAACUUAAAUGUUUACUGUUGGGUCCAGGUUUGACUGCACUGCUGGGGUGUUUUGCUUCAUUAACGAUUAUGGCAGAUUUUGGUCGACUACCAGCUGGCUGAGGCUGACAACUGGGCCUCCUUGGGUGACUGAGGGAUCCAGUUCUGCACAGGUUUUAUUAUUUUGCUUUAGAUGAAACACAGGUGCCUGUUCUGCUUCUGCUCCCUCUGUUGGUGGGAGGAUAAAAACACAAAAAUGAAAUAAAAAAAAAUAAAAAAAAAAUGAAAAAAAUAACCAACCCUAACCCUCAUCAAAGACAAUCCCCAGACUACCCGGCUCCCCAUAGAAAGGAA